GAAGUAGCGUUGCAGCUCAGGGAGGAGACGCUGCUGGGUGAAAGGCUACCUGCCGGUGGAUCCUUGCGGCUCUCCGGCAUCACCGUCAGAGCUGAUGGGACUGGUGGGAGCGGAGGAGGAGCCGUAGAACAUCUCUAACGUUAGCUGCUGCUGAUGAAGGCAGGUUGUAGGGCAUUAACGUCUGUCUGUAACCUGUCUGUCCCGUGUGUCGGCUAACGAGUCGACAGCUAGCCGGUUAGCUCUGCGCUGUCGCUGGAUAGGUGUUAGCCAUGAUUUUGGCACAUUUGGAGCUAUGGAGAACAUACUGGGAGUGUGUAUCCAGACCUGACACCGUGUUCAUCUGCUCCUUCACGGCCGCACUGUACUACCUGUGGGGCCGCAAGUGUCAGGCGCCAGCCCUGGUUUCCAGCAAGGCGUUCAGUGCGUUCCUCCACAAGCACUGUCCGGUGGUGUCUGAGUGCUUCAGUCCCACUCCGUGGUGCUGGGGAGGCCGGCUUCAGACGCUGGUCUGUGCCCUCCUCAAGUCCAGACCCCCCGUCGCUUAUCGCAAUGAGCUGAUCCGUACGGUUGAUGGCGGUCAGAUCUCUCUGGACUGGGUGGACAAUCAGGCCAGCAUGGCCUACCCAGAAUCCUCUUCUCGCCCCACGGUACUGAUCCUCCCAGGCCUGACAGGGAACAGCCAGCAGUCCUACGUGCUCCAUGCCAUCCACCAGGCCACCCGCCAUGGAUACAGGUGUGUGGUCUUCAACAACAGAGGCGUCGCAGGGGAAGAGUUGUUGACGCCUGUCACCUACUGCGCAGCCAGCACCUCAGAUCUCGAGCAUGUGGUGCACCAUGUCAGAGGACUUUACCCACAUGCCCCUGUGCUCGGUGCUGGCGUGUCUUUAGGAGGCAUGAUAUUGUUGAACUACCUGGGCCAUAAGGGCGCAGAGUCAGGGAUGGUGGCGGGUUUCACUAUCUCUGUCCCCUGGGACGCCCUGAAGUCCUCCGUCUCCAUGGAAGAACCACUCAACUGGCUGCUCUUCAACACGUACCUCACGAGGGGUUUGCAAGACGCUGUCAUCAGGCACAGGAAGGUUCUGGAGAAAGUGGUGGACAUUGACUAUGUCUUGAAGGCACGGACAGUCCGUGAGUUUGACGAACGCUUCACCAGACUGCUGUUUGGUUAUAAGUCUUGUACGGAGUAUUACCACGAUGCCAGCCCAGACAAGAAGCUCCACAAGACGGCAGUGCCCAUCCUGUGUCUCAACGCCGCAGACGACCCCUUCUCUCCCCAAAAUGCCUUCCCGUUGGCCAUAGUCCAGAGCCUGCCUAAUGUCGCUCUGUUGAUGACGGCCCAUGGCGGACACAUCGCCUUCCUGCAGGGCUUGUUUCCCCGCGGUGAGAGCUACAUGGAGCGCCUCUUCAGUCAGUUUGUCCAAGCCGUCUUUGAACACCCGGGGGACAUCAAGAAAGCCUGCGGCAUCAAGGAGGAGAAGACGAGCUGAUUGCAUUUCACCUCGUCACUCUGUUUGCGCUCCGAACCUGAUCCAACAUCAGAGUGACUGCUGGCUACGAAGAAUACGGAGUCACAAUUCACCAAAAUGCAUUGCUUAGCUCUGCAUGCCGGUAUCUCACCACAGACAUGGCAGGUUUACGCCACAAAUGACCAAGUGUAUUGUACAAUCAAACGACCUCACUGCAACUCAGCUAAUCUACCUCCUCAUCACCUCAGGUUCUAUUUUAAUAAAACUCAUAGGUUGACAACUCAUUUUUCAAGUAUUGAAGAAACCUCGCAGCCAGCAGAUAAGUUAAUGCUUAAUAUUGUAUCUACAGACACAAACACAAAAAAUCAUAUGUAUUCUGUUUUUUUGCUAUUUUUAAACAGAAUGUAAAUAGCUUUUAAUCAUAUUGUUCCCCCCACAUGCCGUCCCAUCCUCACGUGGAGCACUGUAAUGUACUUGUUUGUGUUCAUGUUGAACACACAAUGGACAAAUAGCCCCUGACAGAAGACGAGUGCUUGGAUUUUAGAUUUAAUUUGAAAAUGUUCUUUAAAUAGAAAUGAACUAAAAAAAGCAUGAAUAUUAUCCUGUUUGUGUUGUUUUACCUCAUGUGCUAGACUCAAACCAAUCUGCCAUGAAGAAGAGAGACUUUUGGAAUGGUAGGAUUUAUUAUCUUAGUUGCUGAUUUGAAAAAAAGGGGAAAUCCAUUAAAUGUGGUGAACUGAAGUGCGUAUGCCUGGUGGUAAGUGAUGCUGCACAUCAGAGGCAAAUGAGCUGACAGCUAGUAGACCUUUGUGUUACUGGAGGUAUUUGCACCUGCUGUCAGUAAUGUAAGAGCGAGUGGUUCCGAAUAGAUGUGUGUUUCGAUCUGCCUUUUCUCUGACACACAUCGACUGUCACGUCUACUCUGUGUGUGUGUGUGUGUGUCUGCACUGAAUGUCUUCUGCAAUCUGAAGGUUUUGUAAUGUGUAUCAUCAAUAGUUUAAACAAUUUUUAUCAUGCCAAUACCACUGCGUUCUUCAUUUAUGAUGUCAUUUUACCAGAUGCUACAGUUGUUUAAUUUGACUCAAGAACAUGAACAAGGUUACAUUAUCAUCAACUUUAAUGGCCACUUUUUUCCCCGUUCCACUUUGUAUGAGCUGUAACCACUUUGUAACUUUGGGCAUUAUUAACUGUGUAAUUGGUUUAUUGGUUAUUGAGUUACACUUUAAUUAAAGAGUGAUAAUAAAGUUUUCA